CGUCCACCGUUCAGGCAUAUGACGUUUCUUUCAACAUCACCCGACCUCAACCACCUCCCGCUCAAUUUCCAAACGUCCUUGCAGCCGCCCGCCACCUCCACAGAUCCGCGGCGCUUCCUUCGCGACUCCCGACUCGACGCCCCAGGCGUAAUCUCGCGGCAGGACGCUCACUCAGAGCUGUCGCCAUGACUACGCGCGCUUCGGAUCGACUGACAACCGCCUAACCCAGCUUCGUCCGACACGCAACAUCAACCCCGUAAAAGCCGUCAUGUCGACGGCUUCGCGGUCCUCAUACCAUCCGAGCCGCAGGCUCGGCAGUGUGCAAAGCGUACAGGAUAGUGAACGCCUGGGUCGCACGCCCUCAAGUCGCCGCACGGCCACCGUCGUCAGCUACGAUGAUGCAUACUCCUUCGCCCUCCGUAUCGCCUUCCUGCGAUACCUUUUGCAACCCAGGAAAAAGCGAAAGGAAUAUGUUAGCGCACCGAAACCGCCCCCGCGUGCCCACACUUCGAGCAUCACCGAGCUGAUGAAGGAACUCGUCCCUUCGGGCUCCUCGGUGAAGCUGCCGUCCGGAUUCCGCCACUCCCUUGAGAAGCGCAUGUCUGGUGUCCUUCAGGGCAUCGAGAAGAUGCCAGGAUACAGCGAUGCCGCCGUGAAACGGACAUUCGCCGAGGCGUACACUGCCUUCACGGCCAAAGACUUCGCGAAAACCAUUGACAAGGACCGCAAGGUCGAGCCUCUGGUCCUGAUAUUUUACUCUUCCGCCACCAAAGCCCAAGGACGGAACAAAUCCCCCGAAGAUCACUCGUGGAAAGUGCUUGUCGACAGGCACUUGGCUAUGUUCAUCAGGCUGCUCAGCAGCAUCCUCAGAGAGAAAGGGGACAUUGAGCUGGUCGCCCGCCUCAACACGCUCGAGAAGAAACUGCUCAGCAACGACCAAAACCUGUAUCUCGACACCAGUCAGGAGGACCAUUCUUAUGUGGAAGUGGAGAUCCCCCUGAGCUACGAGGUCAAGGACAUGCAUAUGGUGCAGCUCGUUGGCAAGAUCUUUGGCGUGGCCAACUCGCAAGUCCAGGCCGACAUUGACCGAAACGCGUCCACUUGGACGGAGGAGGCCGCGUUGAAGGACUACAAAGCAUACCAGUUCAGGCUGUCAGCCGGCAUGGCGGGAACCUUGCGCAAGCAGGAUUUCGACGUGGAUGAAGCAUAUGAAGAGUGGAGGAAGGGAGAGGCUCCCCAUCUGGCCAAGAUCUUUUCCGAAAUCCUAAGCGUCCGCCCAGAUCUCAAGGGAGGAGCUGGGUCGGGGAACGACAAGCCGCUGCCUGUGCGACCUCAGUCCAUGUACGAGGAUCAAGCCUAUGCAGAUUUGAGCAGAAUGCUCUCCAAUCCCGAGUCUUCAGUGACCAGCUUCGAUCCGUCCGUCAGCUUUGGUUCGCUCUCCUUAGAGGAUACAUCUAGUAUACGGGCUGUCGAUGAGCCGAACUAUACGUUCAUCCCUCCAGAUCCACGCGCUACCUACAAGGUUAUUUUGCAGUACGUCGUAUCAUACGACCAGCUCCACUCCGAUACAUCGGCGUCGCCACUGUCGGAGGAGACGGCAGACUUUCUGAUAGAACUCGCCGUGCGAUGGCGGAUCCCGCAGUUUUCACGCUAUGUCGCCUUCGUCGAAGUCACGACCCGCAAAUAUCUUGACCAAGAGCUAUCCCCUGAGCAGCUCUACAACUGCCUGGACCUCAUAAAGCAGCCUUUGGAGGAACCCAAAAAGCCGGUUCUCAUUCAGAUGUACACGUCUGGCUUGAGCGACAUAGACCCCAGUAAAUGGACCAUCACUGACUUUGCUGGCUAUCAGCAGUCUUUGAGAGACCUCCAUGACGCUUUGUUGCGGGAACUCUACAGUCUUCUCACACGGUGCUACGAACCAAACCCGCCGACCAUCGGCGUGGUCAUGGCUUUACUCAAUAACCACGUCUAUUCCGAACCCACAUUCUCGCAGAAACCCGAUGACGCAGCCGAGUUUUCACAGCAACUUGAUAAUGGGCUCCGCCAACAGGCUGCGCAGGUGUACAGGGACUUUCUGGAUUCCCAUAUUCCACAGAGUCAGCGAGAGUGGGAUUUCAGCCAUGUAGUGAAACUCGGCAAGGCUGUCGUGGGUCUAGCGGAGAAGAUCAAGAAGCGCUAUCGCAAGAACCCCGAAAUCAUGGGCGCCAGCCCGUUCAAGGCCCUGGUGGAGACGACCCUCCCGAGCUUCGAAGAGGAUUGUCACGAGAUCAUCAAGCGCGUUCUUCAGACUGCCCAGGAGACAGGCGUUGAACUUGAUCUCCAGGAUGGUUUUGACUUGUACAAGGAGCUUGUCGAGAUCAGGAAGAUGCAUGAGGCAGCGCUCCCGGGCAAACCGUUUGCAUUCCACAUCGAAGGCCUUCUGGAAGGGUUUGUCUGGAAGUGGAUCAAGAACGUCGAUGACAAGAUGCAAGGCUUCGUCGAGGAAGCGAUCAAGCAAGACCAGUUCAGGGUCCGGACGCUUCACGAAGGGGAUAUACCCUCGGACGACGACCGCCACAGUGUCUCCAUUAUCGAUAUAUUCUCGCUCUUCAACCAGACGGUGGAGUCGCUUGUGCAGCUUGAGUGGAACGACGAGGUUCAUCUGGCACGCUUCAUGACGGCUCUCUCCAAGUCGUUCGCUGCGGGCAUUGGGCGAUACUGCGAAAUCGUUGAGCAGCUCUUCGCCAAGGAGAUGGAUCGGCAGAGUGCACAGGAGGCAGCAGUGGCUUCCAAGACGGCGCAAGAAAGGUGGCUGCAAUACGCCAAGGACGCCUGGAAUUCGAAGGAGAAGAUUGAGCCUUUCCAGUUCUUACCGGAGUCCUUCGUGAAGUUCAACAACAUUGAAUGGGCCAUGCAGGUCAUGGAUAAGUUGGAGAAGCGGAUGAACGUGGACGCCUGCGCCGAGGUGCUCAACAGAGUUGACGGGCCUAAGCGGCUUGCCAGGAAGCCAGCUCACUACGUGUUCACGAUCAAGAUUGUCGAGGGCGAGGAGCUGAAGGCUUGCGAUCCGACCGGGACUAGUGAUCCUUACGUCGUGCUGUGCGAUGAAUACCAGAAACGCCUUCACAGGACAAGGGUCAUUCCGCGGAAUCUCAACCCGCGUUGGGACGAGUCGGUCGAUAUUACCGUGUCCGGGCCGCUCAACCUCAUCGCCACGGUCUGGGAUCACGACAUGUUCGGUGACCAUGACUUUGUCGGGCGGACGUCGCUGAAGCUUGAUCCAGUACACUUCAGCGAUUACCUGCCAAGAGAGUUCUGGCUGGAUCUAGACACGCAGGGAAGGAUCUUGAUCAGGGUCAGCAUGGAGGGCGAGCGUGACGAUAUCCAGUUCUAUUUCGGAAAGGCCUUCCGUCAUCUGAAGCGGACAGAGCGAGAUAUGGUGCGCAAGGUUACAAGCAAGUUGUCCAUGCACAUCAACUCCUCGUUGUCCCGCGAGGCUCUGCGCGGUCUUCUGAACAAAGGCAUUGGAGCCUCGGUGACCAGCCUCUGGAAGAAGAGGCAGUCCCACGCCCCGGCGGUCACGCCAGCGGAGGUGGAAAACGCUCUACAGCCGCUCUUCACCUACUUUGACGAGAACUUCGCCAUCAUGAAGCAGACACUGACAGACGCCACCAUGAUGGCAGUCAUGACCAGGCUCUGGAAGGAAGUGUUGCUGGCUAUCGAGGCCCUGCUUGUCCCACCGCUCUCGGACAAGCCAUCGACUCAGAAGCCACUUACCCAGGCGGAGAUGGACGUUGUCUACCGUUGGCUGGAGCUGCUCUUCGCCUUCUUCAACGCCAAGGAUGAGACGGGCGAGGUCCUAGGAGUGCCGGCGGACGUCCUGAAGUCGCCUAAGUGGCACGAACUGGCAUCGCUCAACUUCUUCUACUUCGACCCGACCGAGAACCUCAUCCGCACCUCGGAACGUAUGGCCGCCGCUAAUGCCGAGCGCGCCAGACAACAGGCCCAAGAAGCCCAGCAACGACUGCAGGCGAACAACCGACUCUCCGCCCCCGCGGCGCUAGGUGUGCCAUCCUUCGGCGGUUCGUCCGGCGCGGGCGCGGUCCCCUUCGGUAGUCUGGGCACGAUCCGCCGGGGGAAGAGCAUCAUGAUGAGCCGGAACCUGGGGACCAUGCGGCGGGCUAAGGAGGAGAAGCGGAAGGAGGCGCAGGCGGAUCCCAGCGACGAUAUGAUCUUGCGGAUCCUACGCAUGCGGCCCGAGGCGGCGAACUACCUCAAGGAGAGGCAGCGGCAGAAGGAACGCAUGCAAGCUUCCCAGGCAGCGGCUAUGAUUGUCCGACAGAGUGUGCAUCAGGGGUUCAACUCGGGCGGACAACCCGCGUUUGGCGGAGCGCUGUAUGCGAGGGGUCCUGGUGGGGUGUCAAGGCGGUGAAGGUCAGAGCAGGUGGUGAUUUAUCUACGGGCAGUUCCGAGCGACUAGGGGUGGGAAGGUGGAGGCAGCAGAGUUAAGAGGAUGAGGUGAGGGCAGGAUGGGUAACGAUAUUCUCUUUCAUCACGGAUGAUACGUUGCGCUGCUUUCUUCCUGUUGGGUGCUUGUUUACCCGGGUCUGCAGUUACCUGAACGGAUUAUGGGGGCGUUAGGGGAGCAGGUAAUACCCGACAGUAACGAUUUGUGGAAGGUUGUCUGGUCGAUGGAAAUAAUAAUAUCUAGGGUGAUGCUUUACGGUUGAUAACUUUCCUUGGAGAUUUUGCGUGAGAGCAGCGGUGAACGACCAACGGGGGCGGUUUGACCU